CCCCCCGCGGGCCCCGCCGGCAGCGCCCGGCCCCGUCCCGUCCCGUGGCGGCGGCGGCCAUGUGGCCCGGCGCCCGCUGAGCCUGAGCCCGCUCCGCCGCCCGGCCCGCGGGGAGGCAGCGGCCAGGAGCCUGGGCGAGGCCCCCGAGCGGCGGCGGCGGCGAGGCUGGGGGACGGCCGCGGGCUCCGCUCCAUGCUGGGGACGGCGCCAGACCUUAUUUUGUAAGAAGAUGAGGAACAGAAAGCAGUGUAUUCAAGACACAGAGGGUCAGAAGCAUGAAGGCAUGGAAGGUGAAGAAAAGGAAGAAAGCUGUUCCUGUUCUACUUCAUUGUAUGAUGGUAGCAUGUGCCCCAUCUGUCUGAACGGCCUUCUAGAACAGGAGAUCGGUGUUCCUGAGAGCUGCAGUCAUACCUUCUGCAUGACUUGUAUUCUUAAAUGGGCUGAGACACAGGCUUCGUGUCCUAUUGAUCGCAGACCAUUUCAAGCAGUAUGUAGGCUUAAUGCGUUAGAAGAUCAGAUAAAGGUUCAGGUAAAACAACAGCAAAGGAAAAAAGAAGAGGAAAACUGUGCCUGCAAUAAGGAAAAAUAUAGCCAUACAAAGAUAAGAAGUUUCCUGAGAAGAGCUCUAUGUCCAAACAGAGGGCCUUUAACAGCAAAAUUGAGCAAAGUUGUGAAGAAAAAAUACAGUAAUAUUUUGUAUGACAAACGUAACAGGAAAGCUUUGUCUGUGAAGAUAAACAAGCCCAGAAGAAAGACCUGCUGGAACGAGUGCUUCAGGACUAAUUUCUACAGUACACUUCCGGCCGGUGGUAGCAAUGAAGAAUCCUUUCUUAGCUGUAGGAAUGACUGUACAGAACUCACAGAAGUCAAUGCAGUGAUCAGGCAGAAGAGACAAGAACUGGAAUUGUCCUGUUCAUCUGUGCUUGCUAGAGUUGAAAGAAUUCCUUUAAUGUCUUAUGGAGCUGAAGCUGAGACCUUUCUUAUUACUUCUGCUACAGUGGCAGGGACAAUUCUUCCAGCAAAUAUCAGGCCUUUGGAAAACUUUGGCAAAGGAUAUGCUGUUGCAUGUACCCAAGAAGGAGAAGAGAAAAAACAAGCUUCAGGUUCAUCUGGCACUAGGGGAGCUAGAAGGAAAGCAGUUAAUACUACUCCUAGAAGAAGGUCUGCACGGAACACUAAAAAUGAGACUCUGGGUCAGUCUCGGAGCUCACCUCGGUCAAGCAGUUCUGGAUGCAGUGCCCCUGAUGGCAACAACCAGCCUCUGAAUAAGUCUUCUUUAGAAUCAGAGAAAGCUCUUCCAAAACGAAAGUCUAAAAGAAUAGUUAAACAACAAACACCUCUGGCUAAAAAGAAACUGAGAAGUUCUGCACGUUCUGAAAAGUCAUCCAGUGAUUCAGUAGAUGAUGACGACACUACUGAAUCUGAAGCAGUUCAAACAGUAGAUAAAGACCAGCAGUCAGAUAAUGAAAGCAGUAGUGCAAGCCUUCCACAGAAAAAUGAUGCAGAAACAGAAUCUGCCAAUGGACUGGAAAGCUGUAAUGAACAUACGGAAACUGAGGAAACUACAGGAGAACAUGGCAAAGAUGAAGACACUUCAGGCGAUGCAGAUACAAGUUUUUCAGUCCAAGAACCUCCAGUACUAACUUCAGGGGGAGAAAGUCAGGAAUUUGAAGUAAAAGGUCUUACUGAAAAAAACGUAGAUCUUAAGAAUCAGGAUAUCUGUGAAAACACUCUUGAACAAAUGGAAAUAAGAGCAAGUUCCACAGAUGAGGUAUGUGACCAUGCAACAUCUGAAAAAUCAGAUCAGAUAUUGUGCAGUCCUCAAAAUGAAUUACUGGAGAACAUAGAUACUUUGAGAAAAGUACAACAGUCAAUAGAUAGCCCAGAAAAUGAAUUGCUGGAGUAUCCUAAACCUUUGGAACAAGAUCAGCCAUUAGAGAGCCCAAGAAGUAAAUUGCAAGAACAUACAGAAGCCGCAGAAAUAGAUGAUUCUGGGGCAGAAGAAAAAACAGAACAUACAGAAGCUGUAGAAAUAGAUGAUUCUGGGGCAGAAGAAAAAACAGUAGAAGAGUGUGCAAGUACAAAUAUUCAAAGCUUUAAAACUGUUCAAGACAAAGAACCAGAUACAUUAAUAAGCAAUACUCCUACAGACAGUACAUCAGAACAAUCCUUGAAUGAGAAGACUGUGCCAGAAGGUGAAGAGAGUAGAACUUCGGAGUCACCUCAGGUAAAUGCUGAACAUAAACAUCUUGGAGAAGAUAACAAUGAAAUGAUACCAAUGGAUUGCGACUCAUUUUGCAGUGACCAGAACGAGCCUCACAUUGAACAGUUGCCACCGGCUGAAACAACAGAGCAGGGAGAAAUGGACUCAGUAGGGUGUGAUGCAGUAAACUGUACAUCAGUUUCAGGGCCUUCUGAUGAAAAAGAUGAAACUAUUCCUCAAGAAAAAGAGUGUCAGUCAGAACUCAAAAAAGACAAAAAGACUCGAACAAGAAGGUCUAGAUUUCACUCUCCAUCAACAACUUGGUCUCCUUCUAGAAGAGAAGGCAGGAAAUCUCAAUCACCAUCCCCUAAAAGGGAGAGAACCAUAGACAGGAGCUCCCGAUCACCAAAGAAGGAAACUGUUAGGGAGGGAAGGAGAUCUUUAUCUCGGUCUCCAAAAAGAGAGGCACUCAAAGAUGAGAAAAAAGCGCCAUCUCGAUCUCCAAAGAGGGAGACUGUCAGGGAAAGUAGGAGAUCAUCUUCUCGGUCAAGAACUAGGGAUUCAUCUCCCAGGCAAAAAUCUAGAUCUCGAAGCAGUGAUAGAGAUAGUCAAAGAAGAGAUCGUGAUAGAGAGAGAAGAAAUAGGAGAUGGUCUAGGUCCCGGUCACGAUCUAGGUCGAGAUCGAGAUCCAGGACAAGAAAUAAAGGGUUUUCAUCCUCUAGAAAUGAGAGGGAUGGUCAUUCACCUCGAUGGAAAGAGAGAUGGGCAAAUGACAGCUGGAGGAGUCCCAGAGGAAACGAUCGAUACAGAAGAAGUGAUCAAGAGAAACAGAAUGAAAAUCUUAAAGAGAAGGACAAUACAGAAAAAAACAGUGAUGAACAAUGUUCUUCAGACAAGCGGAGGAAUGAUUGUCCGGACUGGGUAAUGGAAAGGAUAAAUUCUGUUCCUGAGGGCAGGAACAGAGAGAGAGACAAACCACAUUGGGAAGACAGCAGACAUGAUAAUUCAGGACACGGUUGGAAUAAAAACUUUGGUUCAGGUUGGAUUCCAAAUCGAGGGAGAGGUCACCGUGGCAGAGGUGGACGUGGCAGAGGUGGUUUCAUGUAUGGAGACCAGAGUGAAAAUCACUGGCAAAAUAGAAAACCUCUCUCAGGGAACUCAAAUGGUUCUGGGAAUGAAACUACAAGGUUCUCAGAACAUCAGCCAUACAAACAUAAGAAUGAGCAGGAUUAUUCUUUUGAUACACCUGCUGAUAGAUCUGGGUGGACAUCUGCCUCCAGCUGGGCUGUGAGAAAGACUUUACCUGCUGAUGUGCAGAAUUAUUAUUCCAGAAGAGGACGAAAUUCUCCAAGCCCACAGUCUGGAUGGGGAAUGAGACAAGAAGAGGAGACAUCUGAACAAGAUCCAAACCUCAAAGACCAAGGCAACCAGCAAAGUGAUGGCUCUCAGUUACCAGUAAAUAUGAUGCAGCAGCAGAUGAACGUAAUGCCGCAGGUGAACGCACAGCACCAACCCAUGAAUAUGUUUCCAUACCCCGUGGGUGUCCAUCCUCCCAUGAUGAACAUGCAACGCAGUCCUUUCAACAUCCACCCUCCGAUGCCCAUGCAUCUCCACGCCGGAGUGCCUCUCGUUCAGGUAGCUGCUCCCACAAAUUUGUCUCAGGGAUUACCUCCGCCUCCACCUCCACCCCCACCAUCUCAACAAGUCAACUACAUUGCUUCACAGCAAGAUGGAAAACAAUUGCAGGGUAUGCAAAAUGCUGCUCAUGUGAGUAAUAACAUGAGUGCUCCAGCCUUGCCUGCGCCAACAGCAGUCCUGGGAAACGUGGGAACAGUUCAGGGACCAAGUUCUGGUAAUGCAACGUCAUCGAGUCACGUCAAAAGCUCUAAUCCAGCUGUAAAACCAGGAGAAAACAAAGCAAGUGUGACAGUGGAAGCCACCGCAGAUAGCUCGAAGAAGGACCAGAAAUUGUUAAUUCAAGAAAAAGCGGCACAGGAGGUCAAGCUAGCUAUUAAGCCUUUCUACCAAAAUAAAGACAUCACUAAGGAAGAAUAUAAAGAAAUUGUGCGGAAAGCUGUGGAUAAAGUUUGUCAUAGCAAGAGCGGAGAAGUUAAUUCUGCAAAAGUGGCCAAUCUAGUGAAAGCGUAUGUAGACAAAUACAAACAUUCUCGGAAGAAAAAUCCAGAAGAGGCAGUCUCCUGUGACAGGAAAUAGAACACAUUUUCAGUUUUUAAUUUUAUUCUAUCUGCAAAGUGCAAUUUCAACAUAAACCGUUAACUGAAAUCUGUACAUGACAGUGAUUUAUAUCUGCUUUUGAUAAAAUUAUUUUUCAAUGUAGUAUAUAAUGUUUUGUUUAAAGAAAUAUAGAUCUACAGGGCAACUUCUUUAUUCCUUUUUAAAAACAGAUGUCUAAAAAAGUAAAAGGUGUAAAGAAGAAUCAUUAGGAAUGUACGAUUGUGUGGAUACUUAGGUGUACAGCAUUUUGACUUGAAUAACAGUGCAUUAAAUUAGAAACUUCUGUCUAAGUACAUUGGUUUUGGAACAGGUAUGUACAGUACAUGUAAUCAGUCAGAUUAAUUUUUUUCUUUUGAUUUCUCCCUAAUUAUAGCAAAGAUAAAAUGUAUUGCCUUGACAGAUACUUCUAGUGUUAACUGGACAGGCUGAAUGCAGGGGUCACAAUGUGUAUAUAAAAAGGCACAUGGAGUUCUCUGAACAGAAGAACUGUUUAGAUUUUUAAAAGAAAAAUCAUAAACAGUGAAAUUCAGUGCCCAAAAUCACUGGGCACUGCGCCAUCUGUUGUAACACCAAAUAAAAGUUAUGCUGCUUGGUUUUGUUUGUGAUGUUUUUCAAUUUGUUUUCAAGGUAGUGGGGAUGAACUUGAUCAGUUUUUAUGUGCUGAAAGCCCUCAAUCACUACACACUGACAACCCACGUUCCAGUCUAAUCCUGCCCGUAGCUAGUGAAACAGUGUAGGGAGUUGCUCUGUGUUGGAUGUUCAGAUGCACGAACCAGUUUCUUGUUACUUUCACUGUAGGAUCAAGAAAGCAGGGAUUUGUCUCCAGGUUCCCAGUUGAUCAGAGGCUGACAGUUGUGCCAGGCUUGGCUGCGUAACACUUGCCCUUGUUAGCUAGGGACGUAGCAUGGAUUGCCAAACUGCUAUCACUGAAAAUGCACAAUGUGAAGUCAAGUGCAGCAGCUUUUGUUUCCCUGACCACUUUUCUACACAGAGGUUCGUAGAGGUACCACAAGCAUUUUAAAAGCAGAUCCAGGGUUAUCAGAAAUGCUAGAGGAAUGCUUACCCCUAAUGUAGCACAUGCUUUACUGAGAUCACAGCAGGGAGAUUGCUGAAAUACUGAGACAAAUAUGAGCCCCUUUUGGGAAAAAUAGCUUGGGAUCCUUGCAGCUCAGAGUAGGGAAGAAACCUUUCUCUGGGAUUUACUCUGGGAUAGGAAGACUUCCCCUUUCUCUGAGGGUCCAGUGAAAACUUCAGCACUCCCCCUUCAGUCCUGCUGCGUGGUAACAACCUUUAGUGUUGGCUCAGCCUGGCAUCUGCUCCAGCCAAAGGUCUGGCCCAAAAGCAUGAAUAAACAUCCUGACACAAAGUAUUGAUAGAGGUUUUUGAUAAUUGUUCUCCUAGUAGCCAGUAGUUCCUCAAGUUAACUUUUCUAGACAGAAAACUCAGUCUUACCUCCUAAGCAGCUUCUGCAGAAGCCUGAGGAUGAGCUAAGGGAUAGACACCCAUGCACACACACGUGGCUAUAUACAGAGAGAGAUCUGUACAAAUGUGAUGUUUGUCACAGCAGUUGAUCACUUGGUUUUAACUGUAACUUUCUGCAGACUUAACGAAGCAUCUGACUGUCUAUAUUUAUUUUUGUGUGCCUAAAUGAAAAUGCUAUGUAAAUUAGAGACUGCUAUAAUACAUUUUCUACAGUCAAGACAGGCUUUAGAUUUUUCAAAAUACUCAGUUUUACACUGUGGUAGCAAUUUGUAUGAUCUCUUGAACUAUUUUAAGCUAAAAUUGGUUAGCACUUUUUGAAAAAUGUAGCAAAUUGCUAUGUCUAUCCUGGUUUAUCACGCCGUGCGUACUUAUUUUUAUUACAUUUUACUUCUCUGAAUUUUUGGAUUUUUAAUGACUUUUUAUAUAUCUUUUUACUCUAUACAGUUGAGCCUUGCUAUACAGCUCCUUUCAGGAGCCAGAUAAGUGUUCGUGUCUCGUUUUUCUUGUAGAGGAGAGGUGGAAGUUGGGUGGGAAGGAAGGAUGGAGUGCACAAACGAGAGCUGCUCCGGGCUGGCUGAUCAGCCGUCACGUGCUGCCGUGUUGUUGGGGCAGUGACUGUAGUGAUGCUCCUCUGUAUUUCAAAACAUUAAUGAAGAAUAUGGGAUAGAUUAGAAUGUGAUUAGUGACUUUAUUUUUUAGAGUGAAAUUAUUCAGAACUUACCAGAAAAUAUGCAGUUCACUACAAAUUCUAUGCUGAAUUUAAAAAACAAAAAUGACAAAAUUCAUUGCCUUAAUACAUAGACUCUCCUAUUCUUCCUGAGGAGCAGUACGGUCUCUGUUGGUGUGACUGCCCGAGAAGGCACGUACCUUAACCCUGUAGUCAUGUUUUUGUUAAAAUAGUGUGAGAGCUGUAUUUCUAUUUAUUGAAACUCCUUGUACUACAUGCACUAGUACUGAAGGCAAGUGAUGGGAAUGCACAGUGCACCUGCUGCCCCUGGGGUAUCAAUAAUUCAUUCAGUCCAAAUUGCCUCGAGGUAAAUAAUGACAAAACUGUAUACUUUCUGUGAACUUAUGCAAAUGAUAAGGAUUUUCCUUGCACUCCUUCCACUGUCUCACUGUGCAUGCUGCUUGAAUGUCUCAUCCUAAAGAUGUGUCUUAGGAGCACAGUGGCUGUCCAAAGCCCACGAUACGGUGUUUGUAGCAGAAGGCUGGAGUGCUGUCUACUGAAAAAAAAUACUCUAAGAACUAGUUUUGUGUAGUGCUUAACAUUUUCUAAUAAAUUCUUUUCACUAA